GACAUUCGUCCUUUCAUUCUGCAAGAGUUCGAUUUGUCCCUCCGAACGUGCCGUAGUUGUUUUGAAAUUGCAAUAUGGCGCCGACCACAACAACGUUUCUAUAUAGUUGUACGGAGUCUACUAAAGCAUAAAUAUUUGUACCUGAGGGCCUUAAUCGGCUACAUUUGACUUUGCCAUGGAUUUACGAGGAGCAAGGCAGGUUGCUCUAAGAGCAUUCAGGUGCAGCCUGGGUCCGUAUUACAUCAGAAAUUCACAACUUUUCACCCGAACCUCCGCUGCCGGAUAUCUCAGAGAGAAGAACAUCAUAAUCAUGGGUCCACCUGGAGCAGGGAAGACCACAGUGGGCCGGAUCGUGGCCCACAGACUGGGACUCCCAGCCGUUGACGUAGACGACGAUGUCUUGGAGGCCACGUGGAAGAUGCCAGUCGCUGCCAAGCUGGCGGCCGUCGGCGGCGAGCGUUUCCUGGAGGAGGAAGGUCAGGUGUUGCGUAACUUUUCGGCUUCCGGGUGCGUCGUUUCCCUGACGGGCUCCAACCCUCUUCACCCCGAGGCCAUGCAGCACGUCAAACAAAGCGGCGCCGUCGUCUACCUGGAUGUGGACGGCGAGGACAUCCUUCAGAGGCUCCACAGAAUGAAGGUGGACAGGAUCGUGGGCCAAGAGGCAGGGCGGUCCAUCAGGGACAUCCUGCAGUACAGGAAGCAGUUUUACGAGCGGUGGCUGGAUGCGCGGGUGCUGUGCGGUCGGGGGGACACGGUGGAGGAGGUGGUGGAGAAGGUGCUGCAGGUCGUGGAUAGAUUUCACAACCACGCCGCAGAGACCUACGUGUCCACCAGGGCUGAUAGCGAAGGAUCGAAAGUUCACUUCAGUGACGUGGUGGUGGAGGGCCUGCCCCCAGACGGGGGUCUCUACGUACCCAAGAACGGCUUCCCAAAGAUAGCUCCGCGUGAGUGGUUGCGACUAGUUGGUAUGUCUUACUCAGAGCUAGCUUUGCUAUUACUUGAAAAGUGCAUCCACCCAUCCGAAGUUUCUGCUGUGGAUUUGAGAAAAAUGGUGUACAGGGCGUACGGGUCAAACUUUUCUACCAAGGAGGUUGCGCCCGUCAAGCACCUGAUGGACAGUACGUACGUCCAAGAGCUUUUCCACGGCCCCACCGCUUCCUUCAAAGAUCUGGCCUCGCAGCUGAUGCCCCAACUCUUCGCCCACUGCCUGCCGCCCAUGUGCAACUACUUGAUCCUGGUUGCCACGUCCGGCGACACGGGCAGCGCCGUGCUCAGCGGCUUCGGCGGUCUGUGUGAUGCCGACAGACGCAGGACGGCCGUGCUGGUCUUCUUCCCCGAGGACGGCGUGAGCCACAUCCAGAAGCUUCAGAUGACCAGCUUGGACCGGAGCCACGCCAAGGCCGUGAGCGUACGCUCCGACUUCGACUUCUGCCAGAGGAGCAUCAAGAGGAUGUUCGGCGAGGCAGGCCUGACGGGGCACCUCGCCGUGGAGUACGGCACCGUGCUGAGCACCGCCAACUCCAUCAACUGGGCGCGUUUGUUACCACAGGUGGUUUACCACUCCGCCGCCUAUCUAAACCUUUGCCGAGAUGGCGUCAUCCAGUUCGGAGACCCCAUCGACGUCUGCAUCCCGACCGGUAACUUCGGCAACGCCAUGUCCGCCUUGUACGCCAAACAAAUGGGCGUCCCCAUCCGGGAAGUCAUCUGCGCGUCCAACCGCAAUCGGAUCGUGUCAGACUUCGUCAACACGGGUGAGUACGACCUCCGCGAACGCCGUCUGAUGCCCAGCCGCUCCCCGGCCAUCGACAUCCUGAAAUCGUCCAAUUUGGAGAGGUUCGUCUACCACGUCUCGGGCGGCGACGGCCCGCUCGUCAAGGACUUGUUCGCGGGUUUAGACGAACGGCGGCACUUCAGCCUUCCUGAGCCGCUUCUCGGCAAGAUGCGACAGGAAGUACGAGCUGACUGGUGCUCGGAACAUGACUGCAUGGCGGCCAUCCGGAGCGUUCGCACGCAGGCCGGCUACGUCCUGGACACGCACACGGCCGUGGCUAAAGUUGUGGCGGACAGGCUGCGGGACCAAACCUGCCCCGUCGUCAUUAGUUCCACCGCUCAUUACGGUAAAUUUGCGCCCGCCGUAUUUGAAGCUUUGCAAGUGGAGAACAUUCCGGAGGAUCCUUUGGAGCAGCUGAGGAAGCUGCAGUGUGCUGCAUCCAGACCGGGAAAGAACAGGGACUUGAUGGAUUGCCUCAAAAACCGAAAGAGACGGGAACACGCUGUUUGUGAAGCAGAUUACAGAGUGCUGGUAGAACAAGUGGAGCGCAUGAUACAGGACUCCUUCCUUAAAGUAAUGUAGACCUUCACCGCUACAGUGGCACAUUGACUUAAAAGUUGUAUUUGUUCCGUGACCAUGUUUGUAAUCAGUGCAGAUGGACUUGAACGAUCUGAAGCACACUGCAAAAGCAACCAAAGAGUUUUUGAAGGCAAAGAGGUAGAAUGUUAUGCAGCGGCCAAGUCAAUCACCUGACCUAAAUCCGAUUAAGCAUGUAUUUCACUUGCUGAAGACAAAACCGAAGGGAAAAAAUGCCCCAAGAACAACCAGGAACUGAAGCCAGUUACAGUAGAGGCCUGGCAGAGCAUCACCAGGGGUGAAAUUCAGCAUCUGCGUUCCACACUUCAAAAAUUUGAUUCAUGAUUUUUCAUUUGUCCCAUUACUUUUGGUUCCUUCAAAAGUCGGGUGAAAGUUAAUAAUUCCUACAAUGUUCACCUGAUUUGGAUGUAAAUACCCUCAAAUUAAAGCUGAAAGUAUUGGGUUCGUUUCAAA